AUGGAAUUCCUGACUCGCCUUAUUCUUCUAUGCCUCUUGUUUCUUGCAAAGGUAAAUGCAACCGAUUACAGUUCUGAACCUUUUUCUCCUAUAUAUCAGAUAGGUAAGUUCAAUAGAAGUAGUUUUCCUACCGGGUUUUUAUUUGGGGCGUCAUCUUCAGCUUAUCAGAUUGAAGGUGCAUGGAAUCUUGACGGCAAAGGACCUAGCAUUUGGGAUACCUUCACACAUAAAUUUCCAGAGAAGAUAAAGGACCAUAACAAUGGAGAUGUGGCAACAGAUUCUUACCAUCUCUAUAAGGAAGAUGUUAGGGUUUUGAAGGAAAUGAGCAUGGACUCUUAUCGCUUUUCAAUUUCUUGGUCAAGAAUCUUACCACGUGGAAGAUUAAGUGGAGGUGUGAACGAGAAAGGAAUUCAGUACUACAACAACCUCAUAGAUUACCUUCUUAUGAAUGGUAUAUUGCCAACCGCGACUCUUUUUCACUGGGAUCUUCCUCAAGCCUUAGAAGAUGAGUAUAGCGGAUUUUUAAGUCCUUUGAUUGUGAAUGAUUUUCAUGACUUCGCAAAUCUUUGCUUUGAGAGAUUCGGUGAUCGAGUAAAACAAUGGAUUACCUUCAAUGAGCCAGCUUACUUCAGUCAAUUUGGUUAUGAUAUGGGGAUACAUGCACCAGGUCGUUGUUCUUCUUGGAUGAACAACAAUUGCACUGGUGGAGACUCCAGCACUGAACCAUAUAUCGUUUCGCAUCAUCAACUUCUGGCUCAUGCAGCUGCCGUAAAAUUGUACAAGACAAAGUAUCAGGAGUAUCAAAAGGGAAAAAUCGGGAUAACGCAUGUUGCUUUAUGGACGGUGCCGCACUCCCAUUCUCUUGAUGAUCGUCGUGCUUCAAUUCGAUCUCUCGAUUUUUCGCUCGGAUGGUUUAUGGACCCUCUGGUUUUUGGAGAUUAUCCUUCUUCAAUGAGAACUCUGGUUGGUGAUCGCCUUCCACAAUUCACAAAGGAACAAUCUGAGCUCGUGAAGGGAUCUUACGACUUCAUUGGCUUAAACUACUAUACUUCUUUUUAUGUGGUUGAUGCUGGUGUCUCCAUUAACAUCAGAAACAAAAGUUAUUCGACAGAUUCUAGAAGUAGUAUCUCAGUGGAGCGCAGUGGCAAACUGAUUGGUGAACAUAUUGGUUCAAACUGGAUUUAUUAUUAUCCACGAGGACUUUGGAAGAUGUUGCUUUACGUAAAGAAAAAGUAUCAGAAUCCCAUCAUUUAUAUUACAGAAAAUGGUGUUGAUGAUUCAAACAAUUCUACAAUGCUACUCAAGGCACUCAAUGACCAUUUCAGGAUCAAGUACUACCAUGGCCAUCUUUCUUUCCUGCAUAAAGCAAUCCGUGAUGGCGUCCAAGUCAAAGGAUUUUAUGGGUGGUCAAUAGUGGAUAAUUUUGAAUGGGCUUCUGGUUUUACGGUUCGUUUUGGACUCAACUAUGUGGACUUCGAGAAUGGGUUGAAAAGAAUUCCCAAGCUCUCGGCAAAGUGGUUCAAAGGAUUCCUCGAAAAAUAUUAG